AUGGGGUUCCCCUUAACUCUGGCCUGGAUCCUCCUGGUUGGGACACUGGCUUCUUUGGGAGCUCAGAACUCCAUUUCUUGGGAGGUACAGCGAUUUGAUGGAUGGUAUAACAACCCCAUGGAGCACAGAUGGGGCAGCAAAGGCUCUCGGCUACAGCGUCUCGUUCCAGCCAGCUAUGCAGAUGGUGUCUACCAGCCCUUGAAAGAACCCUACCUGCCUAACCCCCGACAGCUCAGCAAUAGGGUCAUGAGAGGUCCUUCAGGGCAGCCAUCUCUUCGGAACCGUACAGUCCUGGGUGUCUUCUUUGGCUACCAUGUGCUCUCGGACCUGGUGAGUGUGGAAACACCAGGCUGCCCCGCAGAGUUCCUCAACAUUUACAUCGGGGAUGAGGAGCUGUUUCAGCAUGCUCGCAAGAGGGUCAUUGCCACCUACCAGAAUAUUGCGAUGUAUGAGUGGCUUCCCAGCUUCCUGAAGCAAACUCCUCCAGAGUAUCCAGGAUACCAUCCAUUUCUGGACCCCAGCAUCUCCCCAGAGUUUGUGGUGGCAUCUGAGCAGUUCCUCUCCACCAUGGUGCCCCCUGGGGUCUACAUGAGGAAUGCCAGUUGCCACUUCCAGGAGGUUGCCAAUCAUACCUCAAGUGUCUCUGGAGCUCUCCGGGUCUGCAACAGCUACUGGAGUCGAGAGCACCCCAAGCUACAAAGGGCUCAAGACGUGGAUGCACUGCUGCUGGGCAUGGCCUCCCAGAUUGCUGAGAGAGAGGACCACGUGAUGGUUGAGGAUGUGCAAGAUUUCUGGCCUGGACCACUGAAGUUUUCCCGUACAGACUACCUGGCCAGUUGCCUGCAGAGGGGCCGGGAUCUAGGCCUGCCAUCUUACACCAAAGCCAGGGAGGCACUGGGCCUGUCUCCCAUUUCCCACUGGCAGGACAUCAACCCUGCACUCUGGAGGAGCAAUAGCACUGUGCUGGAGGCCACAGCUUUCCUCUACAGUUGGGAUCUGUCUCGGCUGGAGCUACUCCCAGGGGGGCUUCUGGAGAGCCAUGGAGACCCUGGACCCCUUUUCAGCACUAUUGUUCUUGAUCAGUUUGUCAGGCUACGAGAUGGUGACCGCUACUGGUUUGAAAACAGCAGGAAUGGAUUGUUCUCUAAAGAAGAGAUUGCAGAGAUCCGAAACACUUCUCUACGGGACAUCCUAGUGGCUGUCACCAAUGUGGACCCCAGUGCCCUACAGCCCAGUGUCUUCUUUUGGCUUGCAGGAGACCCCUGUCCACAGCCAAGUCAGCUCAGCACCAAGGGCCUGCCAGACUGUGCCCCCCUCUUCAUUCGGGACUAUUUCGAGGGGAGUGGAUUUGGCUUCGGACUCACCAUUGGGACCCUUUGCUGUUUCCCCUUAGUCAGCCUCCUCAGUGCCUGGAUUGUUGCCCGGCUUCGGAUGAGGAAUUUCAAGAGGCUCCAGAGACAAGACCGCCAGAGCAUCAUGUCUGAGAAGCUUGUAGGGGGAGUGGAAGCUUUGGAGUGGCAGGGCCGCAAGGAACCCUGCAGGCCAGUGCUUGUGCACUUACAGCCUGGACAGAUCCGAGUACUGGAUGGCAGGCUCACUGUGCUCCGUACCAUCCAGCUGCGGCCCCCACAGCAGGUCAACCUCAUCCUGUCCAGCAACCGUGGACGCCGCACCUUGCUGCUCAAGAUCCCCAAGGAGUAUGACCUGGUGCUGUUGUUUAACACGGAGGAGGAGCGGCAGGCACUGGUGGAGAACAUCAGAGGGGCGCUGAAGGAGAAUGGGCUGAGCUUCCAGGAGUGGGAACUGAGGGAGCAGGAGCUGACAAGAGCAGCAGUGACCAGGCAACAGCGGGGUCACCUCCUGGAGACUUUUUUCAGGCACCUUUUCUCCCAGGUGUUAGACAUCAAUCAAGCAGAUGCAGGGUCUCUGCCUCUGGACUCUUCGACGAAAGUGCGUGAAGCUCUGACCUGUGAGCUGAGCAGAGCUGAGUUUGCAGACUCCCUAGGCCUCAAGCCCCAGGAUAUGUUUGUGGAAUCCAUGUUUUCUCUGGCCGACAAGGAUGGCAAUGGCUACCUGUCCUUCCGGGAGUUCCUGGACAUCCUGGUGGUCUUCAUGAAAGGCUCCCCAGAGGAGAAGUCUCGCCUUAUGUUCCGAAUGUAUGACUUUGACGGGAAUGGUCUCAUUUCCAAGGAUGAGUUCAUUAGGAUGCUAAGGUCCUUCAUUGAGAUCUCCAACAACUGCUUGUCCAAGGCCCAGCUGGCUGAGGUGGUAGAGUCCAUGUUCCGGGAGUCAGGUUUCCAGGACAAGGAGGAGCUGACCUGGGAGGAUUUCCAUUUCAUGCUGAGAGACCACGACAGUGAUCUCCGAUUCACACAGCUAUGUGUCAAAGGGGUGGAAGUGCCGGAAGUGAUCAAGAACCUCUGCCGGCGAGCAUCCUACAUCAGCCAGGAGAAGAUCUGCCCUUCGCCCAGAGUGAGCAUCCAUUGUGCCCGAAACAUCAUGAAGACUGCAUCAUCACCACAGAGAAUGCAGUGCCCCAUGGACACAGACCCUCCUCAAGAGAUUCGACGGAGGUUUGGCAAAAAGGUAACUUCAUUCCAGCCCUUACUGUUCACUGAGGCACACCGAAAGAAGUUUCAACGCAGCCGACGCCACCAAACGGUGCAGCAGUUCAAGCGCUUCAUUGAGAACUACAGGCGCCACAUUGGCUGUGUGGCAGUGUUCUACACCAUCACUGGGGCGCUCUUCCUGGAGAGAGCCUAUUACUAUGCGUUUGCGGCACACCACAGCGGCAUCACCGAUACCACCCGCGUGGGCAUCAUCCUGUCCCGGGGCACAGCGGCCAGCAUCUCCUUCAUGUUCUCCUACAUCCUGCUCACCAUGUGCCGCAACCUCAUCACCUUCUUGCGGGAGACCUUCCUCAACCGCUACAUUCCCUUCGAUGCGGCUGUGGACUUCCAUCGCCUCAUCGCCUCCACGGCCAUCAUCCUCACAGUCUUGCACAGUGCUGGCCAUGUGGUGAAUGUGUACCUGUUCUCCAUCAGUCCACUCAGUGUCCUCGCUUGCCUCUUCCCUGGCCUCUUCCAUGAUGAUGGGUCCGAGUUCCCUCAGAAGUAUUACUGGUGGUUCUUCCAGACUGUGCCAGGUCUCACUGGGGUCCUCCUGCUCCUGGCCCUGGCCAUCAUGUAUGUCUUUGCCUCCCACCACUUCCGCCGACGAAGUUUCCGGGGCUUCUGGCUGACCCACCAUCUCUACAUUUUUCUCUACAUCCUGCUCAUCAUCCACGGCAGCUUUGCUCUCAUCCAGAUGCCCCGAUUCCACAUCUUCUUCCUGGUCCCUGCAAUUAUUUAUGUGGGGGACAAGCUGGUGAGCCUGAGCCGGAAGAAGGUGGAGAUCAGCGUGGUGAAGGCUGAGCUGCUGCCUUCAGGAGUGACCCACCUGCGGUUCCAGAGGCCUCAAGGCUUUGAGUAUAAGUCAGGGCAGUGGGUUCGAAUUGCAUGCCUGGCUCUGGGAACCACUGAGUACCACCCAUUCACGCUGACCUCUGCACCUCACGAGGACACACUCAGCCUGCACAUCCGGGCAGCUGGACCCUGGACCACCCGCCUCAGGGAGAUCUACUCACCCCCAACGGGUGACACCUGUGCCAGAUACCCAAAGCUGUACCUCGAUGGACCUUUUGGAGAGGGCCACCAGGAAUGGCAUAAGUUUGAGGUGUCAGUGCUGGUAGGAGGGGGCAUUGGAGUCACCCCCUUUGCUUCCAUCCUCAAAGACCUGGUCUUCAAGUCAUCAGUCAGCUGCCAAGUGUUCUGUAAGAAGAUCUACUUCAUCUGGGUGACAAGGACUCAGCGGCAGUUUGAGUGGCUGGCUGACAUCAUCCGCGAGGUGGAGGAGAGUGACCGCCAGGACCUGGUGUCUGUGCAUAUCUAUAUUACUCAGCUGGCUGAGAAGUUUGACCUCAGGACCACCAUGCUGUACAUCUGUGAGCGGCACUUCCAGAAAGUGCUGAACAGGAGUUUGUUCACGGGUCUGCGCUCUGUUACCCACUUUGGCCGGCCUCCCUUUGAGCCCUUUUUCAACUCUCUGCAGGAAGUCCAUCCCCAAGUCCGAAAGAUUGGAGUAUUUAGCUGUGGUCCCCCUGGCAUGACCAAGAAUGUGGAGAAGGCCUGUCAGCUCAUCAACAGGCAGGACAGGACUCAUUUCUCUCACCAUUAUGAGAACUUCUAG